AUGGCCGCGCAUUCGACAUUGCGGCAUACAGCCGCAGAAGAAGCGAUCGCGGCGUUCAUCGAGAAGUACACAACUCGCAUUCAGACGAAACUACGGAGCACAACACGGACGACACGUAUUCUCGCGACGCUCGCACUCACAGCUUCGAUAAUCCUCGGCGCCGAGGGCGGCCGAAGAUGGUGGAAGCGGAGUCGACUCGAGAAGGAGCAGGGAAUCAAGCUCGUACGGACGAAUUCGUGGCUUCACAACAAGGACGGCUCUAGGACAAUCUACGUGCCUUACAAAGAUAGCACUUCCAAGGUCGUCAUACACUCUACAAAACCCCUUACUUUCGAGGCGCAUCGGCGACUGUUUUUGAACCCGCCACGCGUCUCUGGGCUAGGAGAUGGCCAUGUACCUUCCGCGCAAACGAAGCCAGGGCUCAACCUUGCCUUCCUCCACCAGUUCCUCAGCUUGAUGAGCAUUAUGAUCCCGAGAUGGUCGAGCAAGGAGGCUGGCUUACUUGUCAGCCAUGGCGCAUUCUUGAUGCUUCGGACAUAUCUCUCUCUCGUCGUGGCAAGAUUAGACGGAGAAAUUGUUCGGGAUCUGGUCACUGGGAACGGCAAGAAGUUCCUAUGGGGCAUUGUCAAGUGGUGUGGUCUGGGUGGAUUUGCUUCGUACACCAACGCGAUGAUCAAGUUUCUCGAAUCGAAAGUAUCCAUCGCCUUCCGGACUCGCCUUACACGAUACAUUCAUGAUCUAUAUCUAAACGAGAACCUCAACUACUAUAAGCUGUCGAAUCUCGACGGCGGUGUAGGACAAGGGGCAGAUCAGUUCAUCACGCAGGAUUUGACGCUGUUCUGUGCAGCAGCAGCGAAUCUCUACUCAUCUCUCGGAAAGCCGUUCGUUGAUCUUUGCGUCUUCAACUACCAGCUCUACCGAUCACUAGGUCCUUUGGCGUUGACUGGCUUGUUGAGCAACUAUCUUCUCACAGCUAGCAUCCUCAGGAGGUUAUCACCUCCCUUCGGCAAGCUCAAGGCUGUUGAGGGUCGCAAAGAAGGCGAUUUCCGAAGUCAGCAUGCUCGUCUGAUAGCAAAUGCAGAAGAAAUUGCUUUCUAUGGUGGAGCAGACAUGGAGAAACAAUUUCUAAACAAAGAAUUCAAAUCACUAAAAUCAUGGAUGGAAGGCAUUUAUAUGCUGAAGAUCCGCUAUAACAUCCUGGAAGACUUCAUCCUGAAAUAUAGCUGGAGUGCGUACGGCUAUCUCCUCUCCUCUCUACCGGUCUUCCUUCCCGCGUGGGGAGGUCUAGGCGGUGUGGCAGAGCUUGCAGAAGGCAGUGAGAAGGGCGGUCGGGAAAGGAGUCGCAUGAAGGACUUCAUCACCAACAAGCGCCUCAUGCUCUCUCUAGCAGAUGCUGGUGGAAGGAUGAUGUACUCCAUCAAGGAUCUGUCCGAGCUCGCCGGCUAUACUAGUCGAGUCUACACCCUGAUUUCGACACUUCAUAGAGUUCACGCCAAUGCAUAUUAUGCCCGGGGCCGACAGAACGAGCUAUACUCGCUGUCGGAUGUCCAAGGCACGAUACAGAAGGGCUUUGACGGCGUUCGGCUGGAGAAUGUACCAGUUGUGGCGCCUGGCUUGUGGCCACAAGGGGGCGAGGAGCUCAUUGAGUCUCUCUCCCUCAUUGUUCGCCGCGGGGAGCACCUGCUCAUUUCUGGACCGAACGGCGCUGGUAAGAGUGCCAUUGCCAGAAUUCUGGCAGGACUGUGGCCCGUUUAUCGGGGGCUCGUAAGCCGGCCGAAGCUGAAUGGUGAGGAUGGCAUCAUGUUCCUUCCGCAGCGACCCUACCUUAGUGUUGGGACGCUUCGAGACCAGGUCAUCUAUCCCGACGGUGAGUUCGAUAUGCGAGAGAAGAGGAAGACCGAGUACGACCUAAAGAAAGUCCUGGAUGCUGCUCGUCUGGGCUAUCUCCCGGAUCGCGAGGGCGGCUGGGACACCAAGAAGGAGUGGAAAGAUGUCCUCAGUGGUGGCGAGAAGCAAAGGAUGGCUAUUGCCAGGGUUCUCUAUCAUGAACCCGAGUACGUCUUCAUUGACGAGGGAACUAGCGCCGUGUCAAGUGAUGUCGAGGGUCUGCUCUACGAGACAUGUAAAGAGAAGGGCAUCACGCUCAUCACUAUCUCGACACGAGCCUCGCUCAAAAAGUAUCACACUUUCAAUCUCGUCCUUGGGAUGGGCGAAAACGGAGAUGAGUGGGAAUUUGAGCGCAUUGGCACUGAGCGGGAAAAGAUGCAUGUUGAACGAGAACUUGCUGAGCUCCGGGAGCGGCUCUCCAAGGUUGAGGAGUGGAAGCAGCGCCGCGAGGAGAUCGAGAAGGAACUGGCACAGGUCUGGGUCGAAGGAGGCGAAACUCUGCAUCCUCCACCGUACGCGGAGCAGAGUGCGGAGAAGGAGACCGUUGAGAGCUCCUAA